CGAGUCCUGUAUGGAACGCAGGAAGAUCCGUGCAGCCGCGUACCGGCAGAGCCGUUGCACGGGAGGAUGCCGCAAGCAAGCGUGCCUGCAUGCCGGGCGCCGAUCGGCGCGGUCUGUUGUUAGCCGCUGACCUCGAAAGCGACGGGCACCGGCCGGUCAAGCCAACACUUCUGAACCCCCACCGCCAUCACCGGACCAAGCCUUGCCCACCCUGCGAGCCUGCUGCUUCUGCUGCCGCAGGAGGCUAUAAAGCUCCAAGAAACCCGCUUCAUCUCUCACCGUCGUCUCACGGCUCGCGCAGGUCACGGCACGGCGUCUCAACAUAGCAGAGAGGCUCACCUCGUCCGCGAGUGCUAUUCACUCCGCUCUGCGCUCCCUUGCUGACGUGUGUGUUAGCUUGGUCGAGCUCGGGGAGUUUCCGACGACCACGGCAUGAAGCCCGGAGCUGUGGCGGCGUCCAGGUCCGGCGGCGGCACGGUGGCCUUCUCGUGGGAGCAGGAGCCGGGGGUGUCCAAGCGUAGCCCAGCGGAGGCCGUGGAGCCCACCGUCGGGGCGCCCCGCGCGGAGGCUGCCACCAGGACGACGCCGGCGCCCGCCAAGAAGGCGCCACCGCCGCCUGCGCACCGGCACCGGCUGCGCGUGCCGCCGCCUCCAGGUGGGCCAGGCGCGCCGGCUGUCUCGCCGCCGCCUGGGAAGAGCAGCAUCAGCGGGUCGAGGAGCCGCCGCGUCAGGCCGCGGGACGACCCGUUCCUCGCAGCCUACCUGGCGUGCACGGACAACAACGGCAGCAACAGCGGCAAGGGGCCCCGGAAGCUGCUUGGGUGGGCGGGGCUAGGGCUCGGUCUUGGACUCGGCCUGCGUGGGCUCGGGCUCUCUUGCAAGAACUCGUGCGGGGCCGUGGAGUGCGUCGUGACACUGGCUAGAAUCCCUGAACUCGAUGAGGAUUGAAUCUUGCCUGGCUUUUCUUCUCUCUUUUCUCAACUCUGCGUUUCAAUCAUUUGUUUCAGACAAGUCAUAAACACCAAUACUCCCUCCGGACCCCGUGUCAGAUUCUAUUCCACAUACAAGAAUAAUUAACUCCA